UGAUGUCAGCUCCUAGCUCUGUGCCUGCCCGGAUUCCUGACAUGGUGUAGGGCCGAGAGGGUGGGGAAGGCGGGAGCGGGACGGGAAAGGGUUCGGGCUGGGAGCCUGCGGCGGGGCCACCGUGCUGGGGCUUUGAACUCGGACGGAAGGUGAACCAGAACUUUUGGAACUGGCGCCGGCGGCUCUCCACUCCCCAGGCCCAACUGAGGCAGUUCAGGAAGCUCUUGUUGCCGAGAGCCUGCGUGGAAACUCAGCCCUCAAACUCUGCUGGAAGCAGUAUAGAAGAAUUUUAUGGAUCAGUUUGCUAAGAAGUACAUGGAAAAUUUGAAGAGCUGAAGAAAAAAAAUCACUAUUAAACUUGCUUUUAAAAAUUCAGCUCUUUAUGGAAAUAAAUUAUGAAGGAAAGUGCACAAAUCAUAAGUGGAUGGCUUGAGGGAAUAAUUGUCACAAAAUGGACACACCUUUGCAACAGCACCCAGAUUAACAGAAAAUUGCCGGCACCCCAGAACCCUCCUCUUCUAAUGUUCCUGGAGCUCUAGGUUGGAAUUUGCCCUUGACAGAUAACAACAUGAUGAGUGAUGCAAGUGACAUGCUGGCUGCGGCGCUGGAGCAGAUGGACGGGAUUAUAGCAGGUUCUAAGGCCUUGGAAUAUUCCAAUGGAAUUUUUGAUUGCCAGUCUCCCACCUCCCCGUUCAUGGGAAGCCUGCGAGCUCUGCACCUUGUAGAAGACCUGCGUGGGUUGUUAGAGAUGAUGGACACAGAUGAGAAGGAAGGUUUGAGGUGCCAGAUCCCAGAUUCAACAGCGGAAACACUCGUCGAAUGGCUUCAGAGUCAAAUGACAAAUGGACACCUGCCUGGGAAUGGAGAGGUGUAUCAAGAAAGGCUAGCCCGUUUAGAAAAUGAUAAAGAAUCUCUCGUUCUUCAGGUAAGUGUGUUAACAGACCAGGUAGAGGCUCAGGGAGAGAAGAUUCGAGAUUUGGAGUUUUGUCUUGAAGAGCACAGGGAGAAGCUGAACGCCACAGAAGAAAUGCUGCAGCAGGAGCUUCUGAGUAGGACAUCCUUAGAGACUCAGAAGUUGGAUCUGAUGGCUGAAAUCUCUAACUUGAAGCUAAAACUGACGGCUGUAGAGAAGGACAGAUUGGACUAUGAAGACAGGUUCAGAGACACAGAGGGGCUAAUGCAAGAGAUCAAUGAUUUGAGGUUAAGAGUCAGUGAAAUGGACAAUGAAAGACUUCAGUAUGAAAAAAAGCUGAAGUCAACCAAAGAUGAACUGGCAUCUUUAAAAGAACAGCUAGAAGAGAAGGAAUCUGAAGUAAAAAGGCUACAAGAAAAAUUGGUGUGCAAGAUGAAAGGAGAAGGGAUGGAAAUUCUUGAUCGAGAUGAAAAUUUUAAAAAGAAGCUCAAAGACAAAAAUAUUGAAGUACAAAAAAUGAAAAAGGCUAUGGAGUCUUUGAUGGCAGCAAAUGAAGAAAAGGAUCGGAAAAUAGAAGAUCUUCGCCAGUGCCUGAACAGGUACAAGAAAAUGCAAGAUACGGUGGUACUGGCCCAAGGUAAAAAAGGCCAAGAUAGCGACUUUGAAGAUCUGCUCACAUCCAGUUCCAUCUCCACUUUGCUGGAUGCACAAGGUUUUAGUGACCUGGAGAAAAGUCUGUCACCUACACCAGUAAUGGGAUCUCCCAGCCGUGACCCAUUUAACACAAGUGUUCCAGAAGAGUUCCACACUGGUAUCUUGCAAGUUUCGGUCCCUUCAUUAUUGCCAACAUCUAAGGGCUUGGAAAUUUCCGAAAAAGCAAAAUUGCCUCAACCAGAGACUUCGUUUGAAGAGAAUGAUGGAAAAAUAAUCCUUGGUGCUGCUGUUGAAACCCAGCCUUCUGAUAGUCUUUCAACUUCGAGUCUGCAAAAGUCCAGCAGCCUGGGCAAUCUGAAGAAAGAGUCAUCAGAUGGGGAUACAGAGUCUGUCCAGAAGCCUUCAGAGGAUAAAACUCCGGCAGAAAGCAGCCCAUUUGGAAGCCUCCCUCCAAAAGCUCCAGGACAUGAUGCCUCCAUGGAUGACAACCCCUUUGGCACUCGAAAAGCCAGAUCUUCCUUUGGGCGUGGCUUUUUUAAAAUAAAAAGUAACAAGAGGACAGCAAGUGCCCCCAACUUGGAUCGUAAACGAAGUGCCAGUGCACCCACCUUAGCUGAAACAGAGAAGGAGACAGCUGAGCACCUAGAUCUUGCUGGUGUAUCUUCCCGGCCAAAAGAUGCGCCGGGAAGUAGUCCCUUCCAGAUAUCUCCGCCAUCGCCAGAUUCCAAAAAGAAAUCCAGAGGUAUCAUGAAACUCUUUGGAAAACUUAGGAGAAGUCAGUCAACUACAUUCAACCCAGAUGACAUGUCUGAGCCUGAAUUCAAAAGAGGAGGAACAAGGGCAACCGCAGGGCCGCGACUGGGUUGGUCUCGAGAUUUGGGACAGUCUAACAGUGACUUGGACAUGCCAUUUGCCAAAUGGACCAAGGAACAAGUUUGCAAUUGGCUUGUGGAACAAGGCUUGGGGUCCUACCUGAAUUCUGGAAAGCAUUGGAUUGCAUCUGGCCAAACACUUUUGCAGGCUUCUCAACAAGAUCUAGAGAAGGAACUUGGAAUUAAGCAUUCACUUCAUCGAAAGAAACUCCAGCUGGCACUGCAAGCCCUGGGCUCCGAAGAAGAAACCAAUCACGGAAAGCUGGAUUUCAACUGGGUCACUCGAUGGUUGGAUGAUAUUGGUCUCCCCCAGUACAAGACGCAGUUUGACGAAGGACGAGUAGAUGGUCGAAUGCUCCAUUACAUGACUGUUGAUGACUUACUGUCUUUGAAGGUUGUGAGUGUGCUGCACCAUCUCAGUAUCAAAAGGGCUAUUCAGGUCCUGAGGAUCAAUAACUUUGAACCAAACUGUCUGCGGAGGCGGCCAUCUGAUGAGAAUAGCAUCACCCCAUCAGAGGUUCAGCAGUGGACCAACCAUCGUGUGAUGGAGUGGCUACGCUCCGUGGACUUGGCAGAAUAUGCCCCCAAUCUCAGAGGCAGUGGUGUUCAUGGUGGGCUCAUGGUUCUAGAACCUCGUUUUAAUGUAGAAACAAUGGCUCAGUUAUUGAAUAUCCCACCAAGUAAGACCCUCUUGCGAAGACAUUUGGCCACUCAUUUCAACCUUCUGAUUGGUGCUGAGGCCCAGCACCAAAAGCGUGAUGCCAUGGAGUUACCAGAUUAUGUACUUCUAACAGCCACUGCCAAAGUGAAGCCAAAGAAACUGACCUUCAGCAAUUUUGGGAAUCUGAGAAAGAAGAAACAGGAGGAUGGGGAAGAAUAUGUUUGUCCAAUGGAAUUGGGACAGGCAUCAGGAAGUACAUGCAAGAAAGGAUUUAAACCUGGUUUGGACAUGCGCCUGUAUGAUGAAGAUGAGUUAGACCGGUUAGAGCAGAUGGAAGAUUCAGAAGGGACAGUGAGACAGAUAGGUGCGUUCUCUGAAGGCAUCAACAAUCUAACGCACAUGUUAAAGGAGGACGACAUGUUCAGAGACUUCACCGCCCGUUCCCCCAGUGCCAGCAUCACCGACGAGGACUCCAACGUUUAAACCACGGCCCUCAAAUGAGCAUCAGGAGCCCCUCGCCUUUUCUCCACCUUCCUUCUCAAAUACUCACAGAACACAUAACAAGCAGCAGAUUGUUUACUGUCUAUUAUUCCAACUUCUCAUGUGGAAGUGGAAACCGAAAGCAGGGGGUAUGUGCCCGUUCUGAAGACGCCACGAAAAAGGAGACACUGGUGAAUGAGAUGAUAAUCGUUUUUCUUCUAUUUAAUGUACAAAUCUGUGAUAUAUUAUAUUUAAAGUAUUGCAUUUAAUAUGAGUGUUUUACCGUCGUGUUGCCAUUCCCCUUCACGGUAUGCAGGAUGUGGGAAGCAGGAAGCAGUCUGUGAAUGACUCUGUCACGUCUGCGUCCGUCCGUGUGACAGCACCACAGCCAUCAAAGCAGAGCAUCGUCUGUUUUCAAAAUCAAUAGGUGGAAUUUCUUUAAGCAUUCAAUGUGCCCGCUAAGUGCCAGCCACACCUCCCCUUGCCUCCCGUGGUCCUUUUUUAUAUAUUUUUUAAAAUAUGUGUACAUAUUUAGUACAUAGAAAAUAGAACUUUUAUCUUGUGACAUAAGGCAGAUGGUGAAAAGCAAACACAGCGAUCAGAAUUUUCAUGGACCAGCUGGUUUCAUGGAAAGGUUGGGAUGAUCUUUCCUUCUCCACAACUGAAUUGUAAUGCUGUUGAUCAUUCCAACCAAAUUAGUAUAUCUGAAAUACCCCUCCUUUGAUGAUACAUCACAAAAUUGUUGAAGAGUUAAGAAGUUCAACCUUAAUCUUGGAUCCUUUUACCUCCAAAGGAAGAACUCAAGAGACAUUUAAAUACGCUUAACUUGAAUGCAUUCAGGAGUUCCCCCAAAAUGUAGACAUAGAAAUGAUUUCUGAAGAAACCAAAACAAAACAAAAACCUUUACAGUAUUAAAGCUUCUUAUUUUCCUCUUUGCUAAAUAGUUCAUUACAUCAAAACACUGUCUACCUUAUGUUAUUAAACGUACAUUUCUCAGACUAUCAAUGAAUGAGAUUUUUUUUUAAGAAGCUGAAUAUUUGGACAUUUUGUCCCAGGGUUCAAUAAUUCUGAGCUACAACAUGAGUUUUAUAAUGGCUGUAUUGCGAUAUGAAAAUGUAGUUCAUGAUUGUUGAUCGCACAGGGCCCAAAUAUCAUUUAUCAAGAAAUAGUUGUGUUUAUCACUUUUUAAGGGGUAUUAGAAAAAUUAUUCUAUGUUUUAUUCACUACUACAUCACUUCUCCUAAUAGCCAACCUGGCAAAGACAGGUUUUCACAAACUGGCACAGGGGGAGCAGUUCCAUAUACGCCAGUGGACGUGCUUAUAAAUUCUGUUUGAAUGUCGGUUGUGUGAUCUCGCAAGCUAUUAGCAGGUUAUCAAGCUUUUCAACAAGGGCCUGUUGAACUAAAUUGCUGUUUAUUCAUUACUAAAAUGAUUUGAUGCUAAUAAUAAUCUUUUGCUCCCCACUAGUCGUUUGGUAACUGUAUUGGACUCCUUACAUAUUAGUGUUUUAUUUUAAUGCAAACAUCUGUCACCAUUUGAAAAACAGUUUCUUAUCCAAACCUGGUUAACACAAUACCAGGAGACUGUUAUAGAUGCCAAAUAUUCUUUAUUCAGGACAGUGUAACAUAACUGAUGAUAUGUGAUAAAGUUCAGAUUUUUUUGACGAUAUAUAUUUUAUUUACGAAAUGUUGUACACUGCUGGUAUUACCAUAUGAAAAGAAAUAAAGUCAAUUGAUGAUUGCCUCA